CUGGUUGGAUAGCGCUUAAUCACAUGCGGGCAUUAUUACGCGCUGCAUCGGGAAUCGAGCUGUCUGUCAUGCUUUGACCGUGUUGCACUUGCAGACAUUUCAGUUACUCCGUAUAACGGUCUCACGACGAACCUGUGCGGUGAGCUCAGCUCCGUGUGACAGUGUGUCGUGACGUGACAUCACAUCACAGGUGCCAUGGAAGACUCGAUCGAGGUCAUCCUCCAGGACCACAGCGCCAAGUACCUGCACCGUUACCCGGACAACCACGCGCUGGCCGCCGGGUCGGGCGCGCUGCUGGCCGGUUGCUAUGGGCUGUGGGCGAUGUUCGUCCUCCCGGGCUUCCGGAGGGUGCCUCUGAGGCUGAAGGUACCCUACUUGCCUUCGAGCGUGGAACAGACUGCAAAUGUCAUGAAACUUCUGCAGGGACGGCAGGGCGCUCUGGCUGACCUGGGAUCAGGCGAUGGAAGACUGGUGAGUCUCGAACCUGUGCUCGGCGAACCGCAGGUGCUGGCGGCGUGCUCCCAGGGGUUCCGCUGCACCGGGUUCGAGGUGAACCCCGUCCUGCUCGCCUACUCCCGAGCCAGGGCUCGCUGGAGCGGGGUCCCCGCCGGCCACGCUCGCUUCGUCAACCAGGACUUCUGGAAGACGGAUCUUUCCGGGUACAGCAACGUGACGGCGUUUUUGGCCCCUGGAGUGAUGCAGGCGCUGGAGGAGAAGCUCCUGGCGGAGCUCCCUGACGACGGGCGCGUCGUCGCCUGUCGCUUCCCCUUCCCGCGCUGGACCCCCUCCCACACCGAGGGCUCCGGGCUCGACCGGGUCUGGGCCUAUGACGUCAUCGCCGUCCGCAAGCCCCGCCCCCAAAACCCUGCCGCCUGAACCCGUCGCAGAAAAACCCGGCACCAGUGAAAACAAACGCUCAGUUACGGUGAUGUGCCUGCUGGAGAAUUAAUUACACAUUUGUUCAUGCUGGAUGAUGCUGCAUCAAAGUUUGUUUUCUUCCACAUGUGUAAAAGCUUUCUUUUUUUUCUUUUCUUUUUUUUUUCUUUUCUUUUUUUUUUUUUUUACUUUUCUUGGCAUACCAUUUUAUAAACAUUUUCACACCGUACAGCUUUAAUUUCUGUACAUGUUAAGAUCUAUAAACAGGAUAUUUUACAAUUAUAUAUACACCAAACUCCAGUAAAUUAUAUGUUCAAUGUUGAGUGAAAACCUAGAAAUAAAAAUAAUCCUUCUGACUGAAGAUGUGCUAAACAUCUGUCUGACAUUCAGAACAAAAAUAAAUACAUAUUUGCAA